UAACGAAGAUACGUCGCCUCGGGUGUUUAAGCAAAGUUCAGAAAAUGACUCAGUGGGUCUAACACAGCAGAAUUGCUCCUGACACUGAAGCCGCUGCAUUUGAUGCACUAAACUGAAAGUUGUUAAUUGGGAUUGAAGUAGUCUACUAGCAGUUCGAAGAUGGUCGAAUCAGAUGAACCGAACGACUCUACACCGUCUGAUGUGAAUAGCAUAGAAAAGUUAAAGAAAUACAUUAAAACUUCAAAAGGGACCAUUCUAAUUGCUGAAAUUGUGCUGUGUGUCAUCAUCAUAAUCUGCUAUGCCGUCUCAGUUUUUGGGAGAUACAUUAUAGUGGCCAUUUUUGAGAUGGUCUCCUCGCUCAUCUUCUUCAUCAUUUUUGCCCUGGAGCUGCAGAAAAUGAUCGUUUUCAUCAGCUUAAUAUGGAUGGACUUCUUUCGGGCACUGACCAGCUGCUUGGUCUUCAUCAUCACAUCUCUCAUAUGUGUGGCUUCUCAGUGGUCAGACACUCCACAACGCACUGGAGGCGUUUUGGGCAUACUGGCAGCACUGCUGUAUGGUUACGAUGCUUACCUCACCAUCAUAGAAAUCAAGAAAAAUAAAUCGCGUCCUGUAAUCAUGGUGGCUGGGAUAUGAUGUUCCAAGGCAGAAGAGGAGAGACUAUAGCACAGACUGCAGUAUUCAAAUCUACACCAUAAAAGCCAUAUUUUAAAAUUAUUGAUGUUUAAUAGAAUAGCAGUAGAGUAACAGUCAUGAGUAAAGAGAUGGUGGAGAAAUAGUGGCUUGUGUGAAAGGUCGUGGAGAAGCAAAACAACAUCUCUCUUCAUCUCUAACAGAAGAACAAUGAAUGUUUUGUUUAUGUCCAUGUAGAUUUAUGAUUUCUGAAUAAAAAUGUUGAAAGGCAGGUCCUACAU